UCUCUCCAUGCUGCCACUGGGGGGCCGGUGGACCAGUGGUUCCACGUGGUUUGUGACCAGAGUAAAAGGAAGCGCAGAGGACCUGUCCCAGCAGAGGCUUCCAGACCUGCACCAUGUCUCUGUACCGUAACUCCGCCUGGUUCCUGAAAGGCCUGACCGAGUUCACCAAAAAUGGCUUCCUGUCAGCCUCCAAGCGCUUUGUGGAGAAGGACCUGGACGUGUCCAUGGCUGGACGUACCGUCAUGAUCACAGGAGCCAACAGUGGCAUUGGGAAAGCCGCCGCCAUGGCCAUCGCCAAGAGAGGUGGAACGAUCCACAUGGUAUGCAGGAACAAGGACAAAGCUGAGGAGGCCAGGGCGGAUAUUGUCAAAGAGACGGGAAAUAAAGAGGUCUACGUCCACAUCCUGGACUUGUCUGAGACAAGGAAGGUCUGGGAGUUUGCUGAGGCCUUUAAGAGGAAGUACAAGACUCUGAAUGUUCUGAUCAACAAUGCAGGAGCCAUCAUGAGUCAGAGAGAUGUGAACGCUGAGGGACUGGAGAAGAGUUUUGCUGUCAACGUUCUGGGGGUUUACAUUCUCACCAAGAGUCUGAUCCCCCUGCUGGAGAAGAGUCCAGAUCCCAGAGUGAUCUCGGUGACAUCAGGAGGGAUGUUGGUGCAGAAACUCAGGAUAGGAAACCUGCAGUCCGAGCGGGGUCGCUUUGACAGCACCAUGGUCUACGCCCAGCACAAAAGGCAGCAGGUGGUGAUGACAGAGCAAAUGGCAAAAACUCACACUGCCGUCCACUUCUCCGUUAUGCAUCCCGGUUGGGUGGACACUCCAGCGGUGGCCAACGCCAUGCCCGACUUUCACCGCUCCAUGAAGGAAAGUCUGCGGACCCCAGAGCAGGGGGCAGACACGGUGGUGUGGCUCGCUCUGUCUGAAGCUGCUACCACAAACCCCAGUGGACGCUUCUAUCAAGACAGAAAGCUGGCCCCCACCCACCUGCCGCUGGCCUGGACCCACAGCUCCCCCCUGGAGGAGCAGAAGUUGAUGUCACUGCUGGACGACUUGGCCAAGACGUUUCAGCCACACUGAGCCGGCGCCACACGGGAGCAUCAUCACUAACACUUCACUUUCUAAUGACCGGGGCUGAUUUCUGUACUUUAACCCCCCCCCCCCCCCCCCCCCCCCCAAGCACUGUGAGAUGUACCCUUGGAUGAGGUGGUCAGUCUUCAUCAGGACAGAGAUCUUGUGAGCCGAGGGGGUGGGAAACAGCAAAUAAAGGUAGCUGUAGCUAGAGGAUUUACAGGUUGGUAACGUUUUUAGCUAGCAGUGAGCUUAACUUAUUAUGAACUAGACAUUUUACUGUGCAAGUGUUUGACAGUGAUGCUGCUGAUGGAGAGAAGGUACAACCGACUUCAUCAACAGGUCCAAUCAGAUGGGAAUCUGAAGAGACCAGAGUAGUUAUUGUCUACACCGGUCUCAGGUUCAGCGUCACCUCUGUGCUUUUGACUCACAGUUGUUUCAAGUGUUGUGCAUUCGUGUAUGUAACCCCCGUGUGUGUGUGUGUGUGUGUGCUGUUUUGUUGUGUAGCUACUGUUCGGUACAGGCUGAACCCAGACUAGAGGCGAGCCGUUCUCUCUGCAGCAUCACUCGACAUGUGCAACAAAUCCACGUUUGUGACGCGAUAUCUGCUCGGCGCCUUUAGGAAAACCUCUGGCUGGCUGUAACAAACUCCUGAGUUCAUCUAAUGAAAAUAAAAACUAUAUAUGUAAGGUU